CGCUUUUCCCGCCUUCGUGUGAAGACGCGCCUGAGGCGCAGAAGGCGCAGCCAUGGGUCACCUGGAGGUCUUGGUCGUGGAGAACUUUAAGUCGUGGCGGGGCCACCAGGUCAUUGGCCCGUUCAGAAGAUUCACCUGUAUCAUCGGCCCCAACGGCUCGGGAAAAUCUAACGUAAUGGAUGCACUUAGUUUUGUAAUGGGAGAGAAAACAGCUAAUUUAAGAGUGAGAAAUAUUCAAGAACUUAUUCAUGGAGCACAUAUUGGAAAACCUGUUUCUUCUACUGCAAGUGUAAAAAUUGUAUAUGUGGAGGAAAGUGGAAAAGAGAAAACAUUUGCAAGAAUUAUCCGAGGGGGAUGCUCAGAAUUUCAUUUUGAUGAUAAUCGUGUGAGUCGUUCUGCUUACAUAGCAGAGUUGGAAAAGAUAGGUAUAAUAGUCAAAGCACAAAACUGUCUAGUUUUUCAGGGAACUGUAGAGUUGAUUUCAAUGAAAAAACCCAAAGAAAGAACCCAGUUUUUUGAAGAAAUCAGUACCUCGGGAGAGCUUAUAGGAGAAUAUGAGGAAAAGAAAAGAAAGUUACAGAAAGCUGAAGAAGAUGCACAGUUUAAUUUUAAUAAGAAAAAAAAUGUAGCUGCAGAGCGCAAACAUGCAAAAUUAGAGAAAGAAGAGGCAGAGCGCUACCAGAGUCUCCUUGAAGAACUGAAACUAAACAAGAUAGAACUGCAGCUUUUCCAACUAUAUCAUAAUGGGAAAAAAAUUCAGGUUCUGAACACUGAGUUAGAGCGUAUGAAUGAGGACUUGAGUGUCACAAGAGAGUCUCUUUCUCGUCAUGAACACAUAGUGAAAGCCAAGAAAAAGGAACAUGGAAUGCUAACUAGACAACUACAACAAACAGAAAAAGAAUUAAAAUCUCUUGAAGCACUUUUAAAUCAGAAGAGGCCUCAAUACAUUAAAGCCAAAGAAAACACUUCUCACCAUCUCAAGAAAUUAGAUGUGGCUAAGAAAUCAAUAAAAGACAGUGAAAAACAGUGUUCUAAACAGGAAGAUGACAUAAAAGCCCUAGAGAAAGAGCUGGCUGAUUUAGAUGGUGCAUGGAAAAGCUUUGAGAAGCAGAUUGAGAAGGAAGUCUCUCGUGAAGUGCGAGACGUUGAAUUAGAAGCCAGUCAGCUCAAUAGAUAUAAAGAACUUAAGGAACAAGUAAGAAGGAAAGUGGCUAUAAUGACCCAACAAGUGGAAAAACUGCAGUGGGAACAGAAGACUGAUAAAGACAGAUUGGCGUUAGAAAAGAGGAAGCUUGGAGAAGUUCAGGGAAAUCUAAAACAAAUAAAAGAACAAAUAGAAGAUUAUAAAAAACGAAUAGAGAAGUUGGAGGAGUAUAUAAAAACAUGCAUGGAUUGCUUGAAAGAGAAAAAACAGCAAGAGGAAACCCUGGUGGAUGAAAUUGAAAAAACAAAAUCAAGAAUUUCUGAAAUUAAUGAAGAGAUGAAUCUUAUUAGAGGUGAACUGCAGAAUGCUGGAAUCGAUAACCACGAGGGAAAACGCCAGCAGAAGAGAGCAGAAGUUCUGGAACGCCUUAAAAGACUUCACCCAGAUUCCGUGUUUGGAAGAUUGCUUGACCUGUGUCAUCCGAUUCAUAAGAAAUACCAGCUGGCUGUUACGAAGCUUUUCGGCCGGUACAUGGUUGCCAUUGUUGUAACCACUGAAAACGUAGCAAGAGACUGUAUUCGAUUUCUGAAGGAGGAAAGAGCUGAGCCUGAGACAUUUCUUGCUCUAGAUUUCCUUGAUAUCAAGCCAAUCAAUGAAAGGUUGCGGGAGAUUAAAGGCUGUAAGAUGAUGAUUGAUGUCAUAAAGACUCAGUUUCCUCAGCUGAAGAAAGUGAUUCAGUUUGUGUGUGGAAAUGGUCUCGUCUGUGAGACUGUGGAGGAAGCAAGGCACAUUGCAUUCCGUGGACCUGAAAGACAGAAAACGGUAGCUCUUGAUGGAACAUUAUUUUUAAAAUCUGGGGUGAUCUCUGGAGGGUCAAGUGACUUAAAAUACAAGGCUAGAUGCUGGGAUGAGAAAGAGUUAAAGAAUUUAAGAGACAGAAGAACCCAGCUAAUGGAAGAAUUAAAGGGUUUAAUGAAGAUGCUUCGCAAGGAAACCGACUUGAAACAAAUACAGACUCUGCUACAAGGAACUCAUACACGACUCAAAUAUUCACAAAGUGAACUAGAGUUGAUUAAAAAGAAGCGCCUUGCUGCUGUCUACCGGGAACAAUCUCAGCUACAAAGUGAACUACUAAAUAUUGAGUCUCAAUGUACCAUGUUGAGUGAAGGAAUCAAAGAACGGCAAAAAAGAAUUGAAGUAUUUCAAGAAAAGAUCAAUAAGGUUGAAGAUGAUAUUUUCCAACACUUCUGUGAAGAAAUUGGAGUGGAAAACAUUCGUGAAUUUGAGCAAAAACAUGUUAAACAACAACAAGAAAUUGAUCAAAAAAGAUUAGAAUUUGAGAAACAGAAAACUCGGCUUAAUAUUCAACUCGAAUACAGUCGCAAUCAAUUGAAGAAGAAACUAGAUAAUAUUAACACAUUAAAAGAAACUGUCCAGAAAGGUACAGAAGAGAUUGAUGACCUAAAGAAGGCUGAGGAGCAUUAUCUGCAAGCUGUGGAUGAGCUCAUGGCGAAGAGGCAGCAACUGCAGGACAAAUGUCUCGCUCAGAAUGCCACCGCUGAGAAAGUCCAAGCUCAAAUUGAAGAGGAACGGAAGAAGUUUUUGGCUGUUGAUAGGGAAGCGAGAAAACGGCAAAAAGAAGCUGUAAUCAUUCAGUCUUCUCUGGAACAGAAACGGCUGGAGAGGCAUAAUAUGCUGCUUGAUUGCAAAGUUCAAGACAUUGAAAUAAUUCUUUUGUUGGGGUCACUGGAUGACAUCAUUGAAGUGGAGCUAGGAACGGAAGCAGAAAGUACCCAGGCAACAGUUGACAUAUAUGAAAAAGAAGAAGCCAUUGAGGUAGACUACAGCUCUCUAAGAGAGGAUUUGAAGGAGCUGCAAUCCGAUGAAGAAGUCGAGGCCCACCUUAAACUCCUUCAGCAACAAGUGGCAUCCCGAGAAGAUGUCCUGCUGAGGACCACGGCCCCUAACCUAAGAGCCCUGGAGAACCUGAAGACUAUCCGAGACAAGUUUCAGGAGUCCACAGAGGCUUUUGAGUCCAGCAGAAAGGAAGCCAGAAUUUGUAGGCAAGAGUUUGAACAGGUGAAAAAGAGGAGAUAUGACCUUUUCAGCCAGUGUUUUGAGCACAUCUCAGUCUCAAUUGAUCAAAUCUACAAGAAGCUCUGCAGAAACAACAGUGCCCAAGCAUUUCUUAGCCCAGAUAACCCAGAAGAGCCUUACUUGGAGGGAAUUAGCUACAACUGUGUGGCCCCAGGCAAACGGUUCAUGCCGAUGGACAACUUGUCGGGGGGAGAGAAGUGUGUGGCGGCUCUGGCUCUGCUCUUCGCUGUGCACAGUUUUCGGCCGGCUCCAUUCUUUGUUUUAGAUGAAGUGGAUGCAGCCCUGGACAACACAAACAUUGGCAAAGUAUCAAGUUACAUCAGAGAGCAGACUCAGGAACAGACUCAGAUGAUAGUCAUUUCCCUGAAAGAGGAGUUCUAUUCCAAGGCCGAUGCCCUGAUAGGCAUCUACCCAGAGUAUGAUGACUGCAUGUUCAGCCGAGUGUUGACCCUCGAUCUUUCUCAGUAUCCAGACACCGACGGCGGAGAAAGCAGCCAGAGACAGCGGGAGAGUCCUGUGGGGACCUAGAGUGCCCUUGAGCGGCUGCCAGCCCAGGGCAAACAGGACAGCCCUGAGGCGGUCAGGGUCAUCGUUGUUCAGUUCCCACGCCAAUGUUCAAACAGCCCUGAAUAACAUACUCCUGGAACAAGCAAGACGGCCUGCGUGCCAUUCCAGGAAAAGCUUGUUACCAGCCAAAGAUGUGGUAGUUCGGUUCCAUUAGUGUUCAGGCCCCACCCCCACAGGUAGUUUCUGAGAGUUAGGUUUGCGUGAGUUUUGAAAAGAAACCAAAGGUACAAUUUUGUACCACAGUUUUAACUUCCAUUUUGAAAGCCAGUGAAAAAAUGUUAAAUUCUACAUCUUCACGCUGGUCUUGCCUUGUACGUUUAAUCUUUAAGGGAUACUCUUGGUUUCUAAGUAUACUAGUUACAGGGCGUUGCACCUGGGUUUUAUAAGAACUUAUUUCACAGACACUGAUGUCAAUAUUUAAAUUAUCAAUAAAAAAUAUUCAAAUUUCAAAUGUCUCCAAUCUACAUUUUAUGAACAAAAUUAAAAUUUUAUGUGAAAUUGAAUAACAUCUGCAUCAAUGCAAUCUAAAUUUUCCUAAAUAUAAUUUCUGUUAAGGAAAUACUGAAGAACACAGGCUUUCCCAGGUAACAACUGACUUCUCCACUUAAAUCCAUUGUUACAGGUGGGAAAAAAGUUGCAGAAUUUUCAGCCAUACUGCAUCUCCGUUUCAAAACGGCAUAAAAACAUCUGAGGCGCUGGUCAUCUCCUGUUUGUGGCCCAAGUACCAGCCAAGGAGUGGCCUCAAAUAACGGACUUGCUUCUGCACAUUCACGGUUUUGUGUAAACCGUGCACGCUGCGCCCACGAAACAGCUCAAGUCACCUGCNCCCCCCCCCCCUCAGCGCAUGCCGUGAACUGUAUGUAGCACAAGCCACCAUUUGUCCUUUGUUCCUGUUUCAGUCUUGGCAAUACCAUGUAAGUCACUGACUUUUCUGCCUUGAAAGACAUCGACUUAACAUUGAGGUGUCCCCUCAGUGCCACCUGUGCUCUGUGGACCCUUAUCCACCUGGGCUGUUCGCUCCCUUAACUUGGGACCCAGGUUGUCAGUAAGCCUUCAGAGCAGUCAGGUUAAGGCAACAUACUCAUUCCUGAAACUGCUGUGCUGUGCGAAGUCCCAGUGACAGCCGUCGGGCUUGGGCACCGUACCCCAAAACACAUAGGAACCUAAUCAGAUAAUAGCUGGUUUCCACACAUUAAAUGGUUAAGAAACGCCCAAGUACCAUAGGGUAAAUAUGGCGCUGGAUCUCAGAAGCCCUGAGGUGGCUUGUGAAGUGGGCAUCACGGGGGCAAGUGGUGAAAGGCGGUGUCCUGGGCUGGGCACAUUCCCAGCCUGGCUCCGCGCCCACGGCCCUCACCCAGCGCGGAGGUCAGCAGCUUCUCUAGGGCCAGCGAGCGGGUCUCAGGCUUCCGUGAGGCAGCCAGGAGGCUAGUAGGUAGGCGCCUGCCUAACAAUUUAAAACGUAACCACUUAAAAAGGAAAAAACACUGUAGCUGGAGACACUAACAGCCAGCCAGGCUUUGUCCCCAGGCGCCCCCCCCCCCCCCACGUCGUGUCUCACAGACAAAGCCACAGAGCAGAGGAGGCGUGUUCAAAAGUUUCCUUUCUAAUUUCUCAAUCAAGCUGGAGUGUGUAUUUGAAAACAAACCUUCCAGAACAGACUAGAUUCCUUCACUACAGGAGGCCUCCUUCCGGGAGCUGGGCCUCAGGCCCACUUUCAGAUUCACAGAGCCAUCCCUGAUGGCACUUUUUCAAUAGGUCUUAAAAAAAAACCAUGUAUAAUGUUGGCUUUUUUUUUUUUUAAACUAAACAGUCAAGCAAUCAUUUACUUGACUUCACAACUGAGGAGCCA